GUGAUUAGAAGUGCACACAGUACUCCGCCCUGUGACCUAACCAAAGUUCUGUACUGCUCCAACAUGAACUCCUUGCUCUUAUUAUAGUUGCCUCUACUGGUAAAGAACCUCGUAUAAUUCUGACGGUGACGCAGCUUGUGCAACGGGCAGAGCCGAAGUUGGUGAGGUCGGGGUUUAGUAAAGAGCAGUUGGCUUGUUUAAAGCUGGGAGGAGGUAUGUCCGGAGUCCAGCUGUACAUCUCCAGUGUGUCAGCAUCGAGAGAGGUCAGAUCUCAACAGGCAGAAGUGGAAAGAGUGCUAGAAAUAAAACGAAUAAAGUACAAAUUGAUAGAUGUUUCAGUCAGUGAAGAAAUCUUGGAAGAAAUGAGAAACAGGACAGGCAAUCCCACAGCUCUUCCACCACAAAUAUUCAAUGACGAUUUUUACUGCGGGGAUUACUGGGAGUUUUAUGAUGCUGUGGAGAAUGAAGAGAUUGAUCACUUCUUAAAACUGAAAGAGAAAGAGCAGUUAGACUGUAAAAUUUCAACCGACUGCAAUGAAAAUUAUACUGCGAAAAGCUGA